CCGGAUCCACCGUCGAUGGCGUCGUCCGUUCUGCUGGCGGUAGUCGCCGCUCUCCUGGCGCUCGCCGUCUCGCGGCUGUGGAUCUACGCCGUGGUGCGCCUCGUGUGGCGGCCUCGUGCCGUGGCGAGGAUGUUCCGGGAGCAGGGCGUCCGUGGACCUCCGUACAGGUUCCUGAGAGGCUCGAGCGAGGACAUCCGGAGGAUGAAAGCAGAGGCGGAGGGCGUGGAGCUGGAUGUGCACGACCACGAUUAUCCCCGGAGGGUCCUGCCGCACUUCGUGAGAUGGAAGGAUCAGUACGGAGGACCAUUUGUAUAUUGGUUCGGUCCACGGCCCCGAAUCUGCAUCGAUGAUUACGACAUGGUUAAGCAGAUUCUUGCAAACAAAUCUGGGAAUUUCAUGAAGAAUGAUGCACACCCAACAGUUUUGGCAAUCAUCGGCAAAGGGUUAAUAAUGGUGGAAGGCAAAGAUUGGGUGAGACACCGUAGUGUGGUGAACCCAGCUUUUGCCAUGGACAAGCUUAAGAUGAUGACAAGAACAAUGAUUAGUUGUGCUGAAUGCUUGAUCAAGAAGUGGGAGGAUCAGUCAGCUAAUAACAAGAGCAGGGAGAUAGAAGUUGAGUUCAGCAAACAAUUCCAAGAGUUGACAGCAGAUGUUAUAUCACGUACUGCUUUUGGAAGUAGCUAUAAGGAGGGAAAAGAAGUAUUUCAUGCACAGAAACAGCUUCAGGCCAUCACCGUGGAAACUCUCCUCAAUUUGCGGAUACCAGGAUUUAAAUAUCUCCCUACUAAACGAAACAGAUACCAGUGGAUGCUAGAAAAGAAGAUUCAGAACAUGCUGUCUGAAAUGAUACAGUACCGAGUAGCAUUAAAAGAAAGUGGAUUUGGAGAUGAUCUGCUCGGUGUAAUGCUUCAGGCUUGCUUCACAGAAGAGCAAGGAGAGAAGCAAGGCGGGAUGACUCUGAGUAUUGAUGAGAUCAUAGAUGAAUGCAAGACAUUCUUCUUUGCAGGGCAUGAAACCACAUCACACCUGCUUACUUGGACAAUGUUCUUGCUAAGUGUGUAUCCAGAAUGGCAGGAGCGGCUAAGAGAGGAGGUUCUCAGAGAAUGUGGAAAUAUAAAACCUAAUGCAGACAUGCUUAGUAAAUUAAAAGAGAUGACAAUGGUGCUCCUCGAGACACUGCGACUGUAUGGUCCUGUUAUUGUAAUGCUGAGAAAACCUAUCUCGGAUAUGAAAUUAGGAAGUCUCAACUUACGUAAAGACAAUGAAAUUGUGAUUCAUAUUCCAAUACUGCACCGAGACAAGGAUGUCUGGGGUGAAAAAGCAAAUGAGUUUGAUCCGAUGAGAUUUGAGAAUGGGAUCACAAAAGCAGCAAAGAUUUCACAUGCUCUUCUAGGAUUCUCCAUAGGUCCAAGGUCAUGCAUCGGUCAGAACUUUGCAAUGUUAGAAGCAAAGUCGACGAUGGCAAUGAUCUUGCAGAAGUUCUCGUUCGCCCUUUCACCCAAGUACGUCCAUGCACCUGCAGAUGUGCUAACACUUCAACCUAAGUUUGGUCUUCCUAUAGUUUUGAGUCCACUGGAUGAAUGAAUUUAUUUUUAUAUUUAUGUAAAAAGCAUAUCCUGUUUCGAUUGUAAUCAUGUGACAACUUCUACCUUAUCUAAUAACUAUUGUUAUUAACAUCUUA